UGGUCGCAGAGUGUCGUGGCGAAGGACCCCGAUUCAGUUAUCGCGUAGCCGCCGUGUGUGACGGACAGAAUUCGACGCCUGGAUUUAAAGUAUUUCGUGCGCCAAGUGCAUUCAAUUAACAUAAAAUGUAAUUAGAGACCCUCGAUCUCACGCUCUCUUCGCUUCUAUUAAUUAAGCGCAAACAAAUGGAAAGUGAGCAGCGGCGACAAAACUAAAAGCCAUUAAAGCGCCUGCGAAUAAUUCAUGGCAUUCCAUUUUAAACGAGCAGCAAGUGCAAUUGGAAUUCAAUCAAGUUGAACGGAAAUUGUCGCAAAUUAAAAGUAAAUUAAAUAUUUCCCCGGCCAUUCGGACGGCCUUUAUUAGAAGUUAUGGCCGUCAGCCCACUUUGUUGUUCCAUCUAUCAAUGUGUGUGACAGUCACGUGUGUGGGUGCGACUGUGUGUGUGCGGGAUUGCCGCUGGCAUGGCGCUAAUUUCUCACACUUCAAACGUGGCCGGGACUGGCAAUGAAUUUCCGCUCCAGCCUCCUGCGGAUGCUUCCGUUUUGUUUUGCUUUUUGUUUUCCCAGCGACUGUUUUCCCAGCUCCCACCCUGAUUUCCCGGUGGCGCCCCUUCACCUGCUCGAGUGUUGUUGUUUGGUUAGCUAAGCCUAGCUUCUUUGCCUCCUCGUGUGCCAUAAAUUAAACAGAUUGACGGUGCAUUUACCCUGGCCAUUGAGUAAACACUCGGACAAGGGAAUGGGCACCCAUCGGGAUCCCCACUCCAUUCCUCCUGCGAGCCUUUAUGAUUAGUUAAUGGGAUUCAAUUUCAUUUGAAAUUGGCCGCCACAGAACGUGGCAAUCGCAGCUGCCGCAGCUUCCUUUCGCUGAUUACAUAAGGCACGUUCUGGGGGAAACACUUGUUGGGUUUUGCCACCCAAGCAACCCAACCAUCCCAACCCAACCAGACACGUAGCCUCGCCAGAAAGGAGUUGCGGGGGGGACGGGGAAAGUGAAUCACAGUUGUGCCAUUAGGAGCUCGGCGAAAUAAAUUCAAUAUAAGCGAGGCCUAAUGGCAGUAGCUGAGUUUCCAUUUACAUUCAGCCUCCAUAAAUUGGCAUGGCUGCGAAAAUCGUUGCCCACUUAAGAGGGCCCACAUUUAGCAGGCGCAACAUCAGCAUUGUAAAUGCAGCAUUUCACUCUCGAGUGGCGAGAUGAAAGAGUACAAGUGUGCAUUCUAAAAAUAACAAACAACUCGACUGAGAUAAAAACAGCAACUGCGACUUGGGUUUAAAGUGCCAACGUAAACACAGCCGGAGAAGGAGCGUAAACAAACAUCGGUGCAAACUGAAACGGCGAACAAACAGUGGUGAAGGUUGUCCUGUCGGAUCCUUGCGAUUCUGUUGGUGUGUGUGCGUGUGCCUGUGUUUGUGUGUGUUUGGGCCAAAAGCAAGUGCCAGAAGUAAACACAAAAAAAUGUGCAAGUAAUGUGCAGCAAGUAAAGUGCAAUGCCAUCCGUGAAAUCCGCCGAAAGUGAGAUUCUUCUUGGGAUUAUUAGGAGCGACAGCAUGACGAACGGCAUUUCCUUGAGGUCCUGCCUUCUGCUGGCCACCAUCCUGGGAUUACUCUGCAGGACGAAGGCUUUGCCCUUUGAGUAUGUAGAUGAGCACGAGGACUUCAACUACGACCUGGACACGGCGCAAUCCCAGGCCAAGUACGACGCCCGUCUGCUCUCGCAGCAGAUGCUCAGCGACGCGGAGUUGCAGCGGCAGAGGGAGAGCAGGGCACAGGAUAACGCCCUGGAUUCCGACUCAGCAGGAGCUCAAGGGAUUGGAGCGGGAUCCGACUCGAAAGCCGCGUCCUCGGCCCAGGAGGACCUGGAGCCGCACAGCAGAGCGGCCGCGUGCUCCACCAACGGCCACAAGUACACGCACGGACAGAAGGUGCCCCGCCAGGAUGCCUGCGAGGUGUGCCUCUGCAUGGAUGGCGAGAUCUUCUGCUGGUGGGAGAAGUGCGAUAAGGCCAAUGUAAACAAGAAGAAGGCGGUGUUGGGGAGCAGCCACAACGUUGGACUCGGACUUGGUGUUGGCCAAAGCGACGGAGACGGAGACAGCAAUGGCGAUGGUGACUAUUCAGAUCCAUAUCGCCACGAGAGCACAACGGGAAAGUCAACAAAAGUGCAUAAAGCGGCUAGGAAAGUUGGCAAGCGGCAUAAGCAUCACAAGAAUCAAAAGAAUUUUAAUGACUACGAAGUUUACCACAGCCAGAGGCAGAAGCAGCCGGAUUAUAAAAAGUCCGCCAUAAAGCAGCAGCUCCAGCUCCAGCAAAAACACAAGAGCGACGUUGGUGGCAACUACAAUAUAAUCAAGCAACACAAACACGACCAGCAACAGAAGCAGCAACAGCAGCAGCAGCACAAGUUGCCGCAGCAGCAGCAGCAACAGCAGCAGCAACAGCAGCAGAGUGUGGCAGCUUUGCCUGUUAAUCAGGCAGCAAAGGCAACGCAUUAUCAGCAGCCGGCUUCGACCCCGCCCCCGCAACAUGGCCACCAUCCACACCAGCCACCGCAUUCGUCCAGCAAAAUCUUAAAUUUUCCCGAAAACUUGCCAGCUUUGCUGUACUACGACUACAAGACCGAGGAGCAUGAGCACCAUCAGCACCAGCACCACCAGCAACACUUGCUGCAUGAAAAACAGCGCUUGCUGCAGCAGCAACAAGAGGCGUUGGCGCGACAGAAGGCGUCUGAAUCUGAAUCCGAAUCCGCAGCAGAUGCAGCCGUUGAACUCGGUGCCGAGUUGGCCGUUGAUAAAAACUUUGAUGAGGCGGAAACCGACAGCGAUAUUUUGCCAGAGCCUCCAACAAAGCAGCCCAAGGCAGCAGCCUCACAAUGGCCACCCGGCAGCAGUAGCACGGCCAAGGCGUUGAUGACAACCCGGGCAGUUGCCACUGUGGCAUCCACAUCCACGUCUGCGACGACGACGAGGACAACGACAACGAUUCCGACAACGACAACGAGGACAGCAACAGGAACAAAUGAAAUGGUGACAAGCACGCAGUCUGGGGCCACAGUUGGAGCCAUAAAUAUGCAACAUGAUCGCAGUGGACCUGACGACGCGCAGCCUGACGACGCCUUUCAUCGAUGGCUGACAUCCACCGAGCUGAAUGCUGCCAACACAAACGCGCUCGACGAUAACUUGGAGCAGGAAACGCCGGCAUCGACAAUAAUCGAUGAUGUUGGCACGACGGCCAACAAGAGUGACAGGAGCAGCAGCGGCAUCAGCAGCAUCAGCAACGGGAAAGACAAUGGCAACGAUGCCGUCUUCUUUCGCAGCUCGUACAACGAUUACAGCAGUGAAUUCAAUGGGAGCGUUGUCAAUAUUGACAUUACACUAACUGCAGUUGAUGUGCAUCCCCGUCGCCAAACGGAUUUAAUUGCAAAUGGCAACAGAACGUCAGGCGUUAACGACAAUGGCAACAGCAACAGCAACAGCAAUGGCAACGAUGGAACAGCAGGGACAACAAUGGACCCACAGGCAGCCAGCAGCAUCAGGAGCAUCAGCAGCAGCAACCAGGAUCAACCUCAGCAGAGUCCUGUUGUUCCGCCAUACACGCUGACAACGAUUAUAACUACAACGCCGCUGGCACCAGGGCGUAUGUGCAAUGUUUUGGGCAAGCUGUAUAAAAUUGGCGACGUUCUGCCACAGGAUACGGGCAACUGUCUGCAGUGCAUCUGCACGGAUGCCGUGACACCCGACGAGAUGCCGAGCGUCACCUGCAGUCCGCACAAUUGCCCGCCGCUGGUUCUGCCGGAUCUGUUCGAUGCGACUGGUUACUGAGGUUACGGGUUUGUGCUGUAAGUGGGCGGAGGGGGGCGGUGGUGCCGGGUGCCAGGUGCCACGCCCCUGCGGCGCGUUUGGGCAGGCGGUGUGGGAGUUUUUGAAUAGAUCAAAUCUCGAUUUAAAUUUUGAAACCAAAACCACAACUGCAGCAAGCCAUUGGAAUCGAAUCGAAUGCAACUCACUCUCAUAUUCCAUGCCAAGGUCUCAACAAACUCAAUAUAAAUUGUAUGGAUUUCAGUGUAAAGCCCUCCCUAUCACGAGUGCCCCGAGCACUCUCUAAAAACAAUACCUAUCAGCAAAUCUAUAUUAUAUUCGUGUAAAACUAUAUAUAUAUAUAUUGAUCUAAACCGACCAGAAAAAAAGAGAAGAAGGACGGAUAUCGCAGAUGAGGCACAGUCUAGAUUGUAAGCUGAAUGUUUAUGCAUUUUAUAUGAAUCUGAAGUCAUCUCUCUCCACAAUGUAGUUGAUCGAAGCCCAACAAGAAACCAUUAAAUGUAUACAGCAGUAGAAAUCGUAAUGAAUUUAUAGAUGUACCACAACCAAAACAUAUAUAUAUAUAUAUAUAUCAACAUUUACAUAUAUCUAUAUCUAUACCUCUAUCUAUCUAUACCAAUGUGUGUGUAUUGAGUUCAGUUGGAUACGUUUAAAGAUUAUUUCCCGACUGAGACAAAAGCGCGCAGAGUUUUCAAUACAUUUAAAAAAAGGAGAAAAGCAAAUCGAAAAAAACUUUUACAAAUAUAGGCAACUAAAUCUAUAACGAAAAAAACUGAACAAUGACAAAUAAUGAACAAACGUGUGUAAUAUUUUAAUUUUGAUAUUAAAAGCAAACAAAGUAUUUCUCAUUUGCAUGCAUGAACUGUUAUUGUUUCGCGCUUCUUAUAGAAAUUUAACUAUACGUAAUCUACGAAACGAAAAAUGAUGUAGUGUGUAUGGAAGUUGUUUUAACAAAGCUGAACUUGGCAAAGAAAGACACCAUAUCGAGUAGUUAUAACAAUUUUAAGACAUAACCCCUAAUUGUAUUUAAAUAUAUACUUAAAAACUCUCGUAUAGAUUCAGUGAAUUCAAAAUUUACAGCGAUUUCCGAAAAAAAUGUAUUUGUUUUGGUUUCUGGUGGCAAAGACAGCAUUUAUUUCAAAGCAAGUUUAGGCGUGAUAGACAUUUAUUCGGAAGGGGUUAAAUUAAGCAAAAACAUACUUGAAAAGUAGAAAACAAUUUCGAUUAUAAGGGAAAUCAAAAUAAAUUCGAGCGAGUUUUUUAUAAGCGAGGUCGAACAAAACUAUAAUGUCAUAUGAAACUAUGGAAUCAAAAUGCAAAAUAUACGUACACACAUAUAUACCGAGCGUACACACAUGCAAACAAACAUAAAUAUUUAUUAUUGAUGUUCCACAAGAGAAACGCAAACAGAAGAGCAUAUAAUAAAUUCAAAGAAAAAAUAGAACAAAUUCUUCUUGGACGAGCGUAUUAAAAAUGUAUACAAAUAUGCGUAUUUAUGUAUGUGUAAAAUAAAUGUAACUACAACUCUCACUAAUCUGCAGGCUCACACACAGAUACACGAGCAUCUCUGUGUUUAAAUGGAAUUUGUGUUUGAAAUCAAAUUGAAAUCAAAUCGACAUGAAUAAACCGAAGCCCAACUAAGGCAUUUCGAAACAUUGCAA